UUUUGUUUCCCGCCCAAAUGGGGAAAAGUAUUCUACUGUACUAUGCCCAACUAGCCCAGAAGUCUUGAAAGGUAGUUCAGCUUCUGGCAUAGGAUCUUGGGACUGGAAUCUGAGUGGGCAGAAUUCUACAUACCAUGCAUUGUUUCCGAGGGCUUGGACUGUAUAUGAAGGUGAACCUGAUCCAGCACUUAGAAUAGUCUGUCGUCAGAUUUCCCCUUUUAUUCCCCAUAAUUAUAAGGAGAGCAGCUUCCCUGUUGCAGUGUUUACUUUUACGGUAGGAAAGAGGGUCUUAGGUGUUUCUUGGAUCAGUUAUUCAUGGAAACAUUACUAAGAUGUUAGUUUUGAUUCGCUCAGCUGUCUAAUUUUGGAAAGACUGCUGUAGACAUCACCUUGCUUUUCUCAUGGGCUGUAAGUUUCCUUAGUCUCACACAUAUCAGUUCCUUCAACUGAUCUUCUGGUUCAGCAUGUAACCUUGUUGGUUGUAUUCCUAUUCAUUGAAACUAGAAUCUUCAAGCGGUUAUGGCCUUUGAUAGACCAAUUGAAUUUGUAACCAUUUUUUUAAUACGUACAUUCAGAAUUCUGUUGGUGGGAUUUCUGGAUUGUCUGGUCAUCACUCCAAUUCAAAUAUGAGGUCAAACGAUGGCAUUCAUGGUGUACUUUUGCAUCACACGACUGCCAAUGGACUACCCCCAGUAACUUUUGCUAUUGCAGCAGAAGAAACAAAUGUUGUUCACGUCUCCAAGUGUCCUUGCUUCGUGAUAUCUGGAAACUGCCAGGGCCUCACAGCUAAAGACAUGUGGAAUGAAAUAAAAGAGCAUGGAUCCUUUGACCACCUCAAUUUUACGGAAAGAUCCAUGCCUUCAGAGCCGGGGACUUCUAUCGGGGCAGCCAUUGCAGCUUCUCUGACAAUUCCCUCAGGUGCAGUACAGAAUGUUACAUUUUCAUUGGCAUGGGACUGCCCAGAAGUAACCUUCCUCAACGGAAGGACUUAUCACAGGCGUUACACUAGAUUCUAUGGUACCAAUGGGGAUGCCGCUGCAAAUAUUGUACAUGAUGCCAUUUUUGAGCAUGGCCAAUGGGAGUCCCAGAUAGAUGCAUGGCAAAGACCUAUACUUGAAGACAAGAGGCUUCCUGAAUGGUACCCAAUCACGCUUUUCAAUGAGCUGUACUAUCUUAAUGCAGGGGGAACAAUUUGGACAGAUGGCUCACCUCCAUUGCAUAGUUUAUCAAUCAUUGGUGAAACAAAGUUUUCCCUCGAUAGGUCCAAUUCAAAUCUUAAAAAUAGCAUCAAUACAUCCAACGAAAAUGACACUGCUGUUGACAUUCUUGGAAGGAUGGCUUCGGUACUUCAGGAGAUUCAUACUUCAGCACCAGUAACUUCCGCUUUUGGAACAAACUUGCUGCAAAAGGGGGAGGAAAACAUUGGACAAUUCAUUUGUCUGGAAGGGAUUGAAUAUCACAUGGGUAACACCUAUGAUGUUCAUUUCUAUGCAUCUUUUUCCUUAAUCAUGCUAUUCCCAAAACUGGAACUUAGCAUCCAAAGGGACUAUGCUGCAGCAGUGAUGAUGCAUGAUCCUAGUAAGAUGAGACUUCUGCAUGAUGGAAGUCUAGUCUCAAGAAAAGUUCUUGGAGCUGUUCCACAUGAUAUUGGAAUGAAUGAUCCAUGGUUUGAAUUAAACUAUUAUAACCUUUACAACACAGAUAGGUGGAAAGAUUUGAAUCCAAAAUUUGUUCUGCAAGUUUACAGGGAUGUUGUUGCCACAGGAGACAGACAGUUUGCGCGAGCUGUUUGGCCCUCAGUUUAUAUUGCAAUGGCUUAUAUGGAACAAUUUGAUGUGGAUGGGGAUGGGAUGAUAGAAAAUGAAGGGUUCCCCGAUCAGACAUAUGAUACAUGGGCUGCCUCUGGUGUUAGUGCCUAUUGUGGGGGGCUGUGGGUGGCAGCCUUGCAGGCUGCUUCAGCUAUGGCUCGUGAAGUUGGUGACAAUGGUUCUGCAGAUUAUUUUUGGUUUAAAUUUCAGAAGGCAAAGAAGGUAUAUGAUAGGUUGUGGAAUGGUUCUUAUUUUAACUACGACAACAGUGGUAGUAGCACAAGUACAUCUAUUCAAGCUGAUCAGUUGGCUGGACAAUGGUAUGCCCGAGCAUGUAGUCUUUUACCCAUUGUCGAUGAAGAGAAAGCAAAAGUAGCACUCGAGAAGGUUUUUAGUUUCAAUGUCAUGAAGGUGAAGGAUGGGAGACUUGGCGCUUUGAAUGGGAUGCUGCCCAGUGGAGAACCUGACAUCUCGUGCAUUCAGACAAAAGAGAUAUGGGCUGGUGUUACAUAUGGGGUUGCUGCAGCUAUGAUUCAUGAAGGCAUGGUGGAAAUGGCAUUUCAAACUGCAGGUGGAGUCUAUGAAGCAGCUUGGUCCAAAGAAGGACUUGGCUACUCUUUUCAAACUCCAGAGGGUUGGAGCAUCGAUGGCAAAUACAGAUCUCUAGGUUACAUGCGGCCCUUGGCGAUAUGGGCAAUGCAAUGGGCAUUAUCGCAACCAGAACUUCCCAAGCAUGAGAUGCAACCAGAAGUAAGUGAAGAAUCUUUGUUCAGACAACAUGCGGGAUUCUUAAGAGUUGCUCGUUUACUGAAGCGUCCAGAAGAGGAAGGUUCUAGAAAUCUUUUACAGGCUAUUUAUCACCUCAUUACAAGGAUGUGGAUAUGAGAGCGCUUCUAGAAAAAUCUAGAAUUUUCAAGAUGGCCAAAUUGGUUGAUGAAUGCAUUUCAGAAAUUUUGAUUCAGCCAAAUUGCUAAACUUGUUACUAUCUUAUUUAGAACAAGAAAGUUUUUACGGUGAAGCAAUUGCUUGUGAGGUAGUUCCAGUUGUUAAAUAUUAUAUUUGGCUGAAGGAGGAAUUUACUACGAGUUAUCACAUUUUAGGGGCUUUAGUUUA